AUGGUGUACGCUCUUAAGGACGACGAGAUCAUCAUGGAGGUAAUGGACACCGCACCUUCGAAUUGGAAUACAAUCCUUUCGACUCAACUAUACCCUGACCUCGUCUCCUUCCAGUCCGCAAUCCGCUAUCACGAGGACGCUCUUCUUGAAGCAGGUGGUGAGAAGAAGAACUUCAAUCGUUAUGAUCAGCGAGAGUCCUGGACGAGAAGUAAGCCAACAACGUUUGCGCGUGCUCACCUGGUGGGCUCCUCCACCGAUCUACCCCCUCCCAAGUUCCCGAAGGAUGACGCAAACAUAUCAAAACGCGCCACACCCAAGGACAAGGGAGCGCGCGGUUGUCGUCACUGUGGAAGCCUGAACCACUGGGACAAGGAGUGUAAGUACGCGUUCAAAGGCACGAGGAGUGCACGAACUCGCCUAGCAGAGGCCUCAAUAGACCUCCUCGAAGCAGAGGACGAGUACGAGGACCUAUACUAUAGUACGAACCUGAAGGUCAGGAUUUUGAAGUUCCCCUUCAGGUAG